CUCAUCUCCAGAUUCAAUAUCUCCUAUGACUUUCAUCCCCGUUUCAGCGCGAGCAUAAUCCGCUUUCGCGGUUUGAGGUGGGAGUUUAUCCUUCCAGGCUGGAGGCAGUUCAAAAUCCUGGCUCUUUAAUUGCUUGAAUAUUAGCUCGCGUGUGUCCUUUGACUUCAAGGGUCGCAAGGAUAUCGGAUCUCGAAUAUAGAAGGCGUCGACCGCCGGUGAUAUAUAAGCCGGUUUCAUGUGUAGGAUGUGCGCAAGCUUCCGAGGAAUAGUAAUUGGGGACGUGUGGAGGUUGUCAGCAAUCUGUUUCGGGUAAUUUCGAAGUCGAUAAAACGCCUCGGCUUCGAUCGUUGGGGAAUGCAUUAAUCGUUUAGGUUCUACAAGAAUUAUUUCCCUCGCCUCUCGAAAUGUUAGAGGUUUAAGGGUCGAUCCUUUGACUCUAUCUGGUUUGAUGAUGAGUAGUUGUUUCUUGUGAAUCCAAACCUGGAAGAUGUUAGCAUAUCGAAUCUAGUUCUAGGAGUAUUCAUCACCUACUCUAUGAUUUGCAACCUCUGGUUCGAGCCAGGAUGGCAGUGUUGCUGCGGCUUCCACUAGCAAAAACUCGCCAUCACUAUCCGAGACCUUCACCCAUAGGUCCUCAAACUGUCGUGUCAACUCCCGCAAUAUAUAAACAAUAACCCAUUCGUCCUCGAUUGAGUCGCCAUAUACAGUUCGUCCACGAAGUAAAUUCAGUCCUAUCGCAAGUUCGCGAAAGAUAUGGUUAGUUUUCCUACGUCUGGGCGCCCUCCAAAUACUUUGGUAUCCGAGGGCCAACUAAACGAACCUGCUCACCAUCUUCUCGAAUCAUUUCCAACAUAAACGCAUCACGCUGCCAUAUAUAGUCUUUCAAGUGCGUUUUCGCGAGCUCUGCUGCGGCUCUUUGGACUUCGGCGAGGCGGUUCCGAAUUAAAUCAGCACCACCUCCUGUGCAGUCGGUAUUACCUGGGGAAAUCCAAUACAGUGAAUAUUCGAUGCAAUCAUCUGGGAUCUGGGGUUUAGGAAUAGGGCGAAAUGUAGACCUAAACCACUCGAUAUCCUCAUCUGUAGGGGGCGCCAUGUUGAUAUUAAUCCAACGUUGCUAUCUAUUCACUUUCAGGGCAACCUUUGAAUAUUUUUCCAGUCACAAUGACCUCACCAAUUCUGCAAACACCCGGGCCGAUGUUUUGCCGAUUGAAAAUACGCAGCGGGAGUGCGCUACGCCCGAUUAGGCUAGAUGUAAACAUCGCAGCAUCCAAGAAUCCAAACCCAUCUUUCCGCAUCGUCACCGCGUAUUUUAUUUCUCACCAAGGUUCUGGGGGGUACGCAUUCCCAUUCAAUGAUUUUCCUUAUAAUGAAUAUACGACCAGCCCAGCACGAUUCAGGUUAACCGUCAUCUAUAGGGCAAAAAUGGCACUGCCUUACAUCGAUACCCCACGCACCGAAAUUGAUGGGAACGCGACUUAUUUGACCAAUGGCUUCCGCAGCGUUGCGCGAAACAAUUUGUCGGCUUUAGGCUCCGUUGAAAACUCAUUUCAAUCGCCUUCCAAAGACCAUGAUUUAAUCAAAGGCUUCGAAACUGGGCGAAGUCGAAAGCGUUCUGAAUUCAGCCUAAAAACGCCCAGAGCGGGCUCACGACUAAACCCGACGAGAAAUGCUCUCCAUGACCGCCGCAAUCUUCCAACUAUCCCCCCGCCCAAGGGAGAAUUUACUCCGAUGUUGAAUAGCGUUUCCAGGAAUAACUUUAUCCGACAUAAUAAUUCGACACGUCGACGCUCUGGGCCUGAAACGCCAGCGGCUUUGAGAAAUGGAUAUCACAGUAACCGCAAUACCCCGGGGUUGCCAAACAUGGAUAUGACUGGAUAUGGCGAUGACUCCACGAACCUUGACGGUGACCCUACGCCCGUUCCACGGAUAGCCAGCAGCAGCGCUCAGAGCACCCCUCUCCCUACCCUGCCAGGGAGGAAUGGCAACGUUGUCGGGGAUGGACAUAAUAUGAUGACAUUAAAGGAACAAGAAAAUGUUAUUAAUAAACUCGACAAGGAGAAUUUCGGUCUAAAAUUAAAGAUCCAUUUCUUAGAGCAAAAUUUUAAGUUGUCGAAACCCGAAUUUGCCCAAGCCGCGAUACAAGAAAACACCGAACUCAAGGUCACGAAACUCACGAUGGAGAGGGAUUUACAUCAAUGCAAAAAGAGUCUUCGGCGCGCGGAGCAGGAUUUGGCCGGAUGUCAGGUUGAAUUACAAGAGCUGCAGGCACAGGCAAAUCGGAGACACGUUAAUGAAAAUGUGCAGAGAGAAUUGGACCAAAUGCGCGAAGACUUGGAGAGCAAAGAAAACGAACUUCAUGAGCUGCAAGAGGAGUUGGAAUCUAUGAAAGAAAAUGAGUCAGAAAGUUUACAGCAACUUCGGGAAGAGAUACAAGAUCUUCAAUAUGACCUCAGACAGAAGAACGAACUUGUUGAGAACCAGAAAGAGGAGAUUGAAAAUCUGAAGGAAAAGCAGCAAGAUGAGAAGAGCUCGGUUGCUGAGCUUGAAGCCGAACUUCAACGGGCCAAGGAGCAGUUAGAGGACCUCCAAAAGAGUCUAGAGGAAGCCAGGUCAGAAGCAAGGGAAGCAAAGUCAAAGUGUGAAGAGGCGAUUGAAGAGAAGGAACAAGCCGUGAAAGAUUUGAAGGAACUUCAAGAUGAAAUGACUGACAAAUCCUUCUACACAAAGGGGCUCAGUCGCCAACUCGAGGAGAAAGCUCACAAGUUGGAGGACGAACUUAACAAACUCCGGAAGGAGCAUAAUGUACUGGAGGAAAAUUUCCAGAGUAAGACUCGGGAGGUAGCCAUGCUUGAAGAUGAAAUUGAAGGGCUUAAAGAGGACCUAUCUGCCGAGAAAGCGAGGAUGCAAGACGAUAUUGAUUUAGCACAGCAUGAGCGGGACAUUGCUAGAAGGGAACGGGACGACAUUUCGGAACGUCUACACCACGCCGACGACGAUAUUCGAAAUGGAGAGAAUGCGAAGGAUGUCUUGAAAACUCGACAUGAUGCCCUUACAAACGAGUCUGCUAGUCUUCAGCGUGAUCUGGCCCAGGCAAAGACGAGGAUAUCGAAUCUUGAAGAACAAAUCGAGGCGGAAAGGGACCAAUACAUGAACGACACGGACAAACUCCGAUUGCAGCAUAGGAAUCAGCUAGACCAACUUCACGAUGAAAUAGAGUCCCUCAAACAUGACAUCGAAGAUCGAGAGGGUCAGCAUGCAACAGAUCGGGAUAGGUGGGAUAGUCUGAAACGGAGUUUGGAACUUCAAAAGGAGAAGGUCGAACAACAAGCCGCUGGGUAUAAACGGACGAUAGACAAACUACAGAACGUCGAAACAACACUAUCUAGUCGAGAAGAUAAACUCCAAAAUAUCAUCGAAAGCGAGAAGCAACGCCAUCUACAAGACGAGGAACUACUGAACCGCCAAAUCAAAGAGCUUAAUGAUGAUAUUGCGUCCAAACGCCAAGCUGCCGAAAGUCAGAGGCAGGAACUACUGAGUGUUAAAGAAGAAUUAAGGGCAGCUAGGCGGGAAGAAAGCAGCCUAAGAGAGAAGUUGCAAGCCUUAGAGGAUGAUAUUGUGGUAUUGCAAGCUACUCUUGAGGAAGAGAGAGCCUUUGCCGGAAAUCAGCAGAAAUCGGGCGCUUCAGAUCUGGAGAAACAGUUGCAAGCGGCUAAUAAAGAGAGACAAGUUGCUCGGGACAACCUAGCCAACGCGAACAUCGAGAUUCAUAAUCUACGCAUGGCAUCUGCUGAACUAGAAGCUGAGCGUGAUGAAUUGCAAAGCCAAAUCCGUCGAAUUCAAGGCCAAGUCGAUGAUACUUAUCGCCUCGAUCAGGAAAAGAUUGACCUCCGAAAAUCUAAGCUGAGACUCGAAAACGAGUUGAGCCGCCUGAGAGACGAAAAGAGAACUUUGUUGGAAACCAAAGACAAAUUACAAGCCGAUCUUGACAAUGAAAUCGUACGGGCGGCAGCAGAGGAGAAUCGACUGUCUGGAGAGAUUGAUCAACUGCAAGAUAAGAUAUUCAUGUCAUCAGAAAGGCGCGACCGUGAACUCGUUGCCGCUAGAAGCAAAGCUGAGCGACUUGAAUUACGUACCCGAGAACUCGAGACCCUCCUAAACAACCAGGCAUCUCCUCGCGUGGAAGCGUCCCUGUCACCCGACUUUUCAAUCCUGCGGCGAAGCUUGGAAGAUGCACGACGCCAAGAAAGAGACGCACUUCAGCGUGAAUCGACGCUCAAGGCCUCUAUCCGCGACCUGAAAACGCGUAUCGUAGAAUUGGACCGGGAAAAUCAUGAGCUCAAAGCAAAAGAGCUAACAACUCGCUCUUCCAACGGGUCUCCGACAACACUUGAAGUCCAAGGGGAACUUCGAAGCCUCCGCAGCCAGCUCCUUGACAUGCACAAGUCCAUGAAAGAUCUAAAAAGCCAAAACCACGAAUUGCAACAUGCCACAGUAAACGAAGAGGAGCGUAAAGACCUGCACGAAUUGCUUAAAUCCUCGACUCUUGAAGCCGAAUCUCUAGCAGUGCGACUUUCCGAGCGUGACGCCCGUGUUAAUGAAUUGAGAAUACACCUACGGAGAGUGCGUGACGAGCGCGCCAUUUCCAUGAAGAAAGCAGACGCGGCUCAUCGCGAGCUAGAGUCAUUACAAGACCGAUACGACGCUCUACUAGAUGAGUUGACGCAGCAUUCAGAACGAAAAGGAAGGCAUGCCAGGGAAAUAAAUGGCUUAGGCAAGGAAAUUAUGUGGUUAAGGGCACGAUUGGCCCGGGAGGAGAAGUUCCGCAGGGACCUUGCGUGGAGUAAGGGGCUUAUGGAGCUGGGUGAACGGGUUCGGAUUGCCUGUAACGAAACCGAUCUCAAAAUGAUCGCUGAAAUGGGAGUGAAGCCCCCAAGCCCUCGAAAGAAAUUUAACCCUCGGCUAAAACUCAAAGCUGUAGCCUGCACAAUCUUGGCUGUCUGCCGGAUGCAGAUGAUGAGUGCCGAAUGGAGCAAGUCAAAGAAGCUUGGUGAAGGCCUUCGCAGAGCAAAGGGGGAGGUAUUGAAGAAAAGGGAGAGUAUGAGAAGGAAAGCCGUACCGGCUGAGAGUAUUUGAUAUACUCUGGUCUAAAGGUUCCCAUUCUCGUUUCUUCUACGUCUGUUUCCUUAUUUCUAUGCGAUCUACAAAUUUCUUGACUUUUAGAGGAUUGAAUUGGAGAGUAUUUCUCGCCUGAUGUUCAUCCAUUGCUUACCAUGUACAGCACUUGAUGGUUCUUUUGCCCGGUGUUUCUGGGGUUCUCUACCGUUGCUCUACGGAGCUUUUUCCCUGUGUUCUUUUCCUUUUUAUAACCCCGCUUGCAUAAUGAUGAUCUUCAACUCUCUCGUUUAGUUGGUUUCUGCUUGAUAGGCAAGCCUUAUAUAUAUGAUGUACAUUGGCGUUCUCAAUAAUUAGUUUCUGGCGUUCUGGGUUUCUUCUUAUUUGCAUGUAAGACGCAAGGCAUCCAUAAUUAUUUAUUCUAUACCGCUCACUAUUUCCGCUUUUGAGUCGCGCCCGGCUGAAAUGAUAAUAGAAAUGUGUGGAUGAUAGAGGGGAGUGGAGAUAUGACAGAUCAUCCAAAGUUUUUUAAUUACCGGGGAAGUGAGGAAUGUACCUGAGCGGAAUGAGAUGAACAAAAGUGCCAAAAACCAAUGUGAGUAUCGUCAUCCGGACGAGAAAGGGGGUUGAGGUUGGCUAGCCAGAGGCGCUCAUCAUAAAUAUUCCAUCUGAGGAAAGAGAUAGCAAAAUAAUCAAGCGACAAUAAGGGUAGCAGAACUUGAUAACAAAGACGAAAAUGCGCCUCGCAACCAUUCAUAAUUCAUUCAUCAGAACUGGACAAGGGCGCCUCAUAACAUCCAGAGAAGCAACAUGUAUGACUCUAAAUAGAAAUGUAAAACGGAAACAUGUAAUAUAUCACGAUCCAUCACUACCAAACUCCUGCGUCCAUUCGUUAUUUUUCUUCAAAUCGUCUUCGCUCACGGUGGGGCGCGAAGACUUCAACGCCUUGAUGAAAUCUCUGAGCAGAAGUGGUGGCUCG